UUCGAUUGUGUAUGUUAGCUUGCGACUGACGAAUGAGACCACCAAAAGACUUGUUUACUUCAGAAUUUGUGUCGUUUGGUAACCAAAACAGCGGAUUUAAUAUUUUAAUUUUCAUUAUCUUCUUAAAAAUAUGAGUGGAUCCAUCUCUAGUCCCAGUAUAGGGCUAAAAGAGAGUUGUUUGUGCUAUUUGCAAGUGUUCGGGGCGUAAGCAACAUGGCGGCCGUUUAGCGUCUCUGGCCUGAAGGCUGGAAAUUGAGUGCGGUUCGCUAUAUUUGAGAUUGGUCCAGUGCAGGGUGCUCUUCAGCAAUGACGGAAACAUCAAGUGUCACUUCAAGCAAUUAUGCUCAGGACAUGUUCUCACCUAUACAGUUUUGUGAGGUGGUACAAGAAGGAUCACAACUUCACCUGCAGCAGCAUCAACAUCCACAACAGUAUCCUCUCCAGCUGUCUGUGACAAACACAAGUUCAUCAAAUGUAACAGCGACAUCAAAUAUGAUGAUAUCUACCAUGACAUCUACAGGACAGACCAUCCAACAACAACAGCCACAGAAAUCUCCUCAAGAACAACAACAACAGCUUCUUCAACAUAUGCCCCAGCAGUCACAGCAAAUAUUACUGUCACCACAAAAAGCUCCGACUUUCACCUCAACUUCUUUACUUGCAACUUCUACACUUCCUCUUCCCACACCUCCUCACCAUAUGUCACCGUCAUCUUCUGCUCUUGCUCCUUCCCCUCUUCACCAUCACCCACAUCACCUCCACCAGCUGCACUUGCACCAUCAUCACCACCUUCAACAACAUCAUCAGCAUCAGCUGCAACCCAUGCAGCCUCACCAAGUUCACCCACAUCAUCAUCACCAUCAUAUUCACCCACAUCAUCUAUACCCUCAUCAACACCAAUUACAGAUUCAUCAGCAGCAACAGCAGCACAUGCAUCAUCACCACCAUCACCAACAACAUCUGCACCAAGCCCAACAUCUCCAACAACAACAGCAUCAACAACAACAGCAACAUAUCAUUCCCCAGCCUGGGCUUCAACAAGCAAUGCUUCCUCCACCUCAUGUGCCAUUAGUCCCUCUGAAAACGAAAUCAAAUUCUAGACAGUCUAAACCAAAGCAGAGUCGUGCUGCUCAGUCAAGAAAUACUGGCAAUGCAAGCAAGAGUAACGGGACUUCUAUUUCAAAGGAUGCAAAAUCAAAACAUUCUCAGAAUGAACAACCCCUCAAAAUUACUGAUAAGUGUUCAAGUACCAAUAAUUUCGUUCAUGCUAACCAACAGUCUGUUAAAACGGAUAUGGGGGCUCAAGUCUCAAGUGAUGCGCAAUCAAAGAAACCUAAACACUUGAAUACAGAAAGUCCAGAUGUCAUUAAACAUUGUGCAGCUGAUAAGCGCUCUAGUAUAACUGCAAUGGGAGGCACCACUAAAAAAUGUGUCACUACCACAACGAACUCAAGCGGGAAUUGUUCUUAUGAAACUGAGAAGUAUGAUGGUUCUUCGAAAGAAGAAAUGAAAAAAGAUAUUCAGUUACUGAAGACUGAAGCUGAACUGUCUGGUACUGGUGUCUUGGUGACAUCAGAGUCUGACACUAAACAGUCGUCCGUGAAAGCUGAAGUAAAAACUAAAUUUCCUGCAAGUGUCGAUAAUGAGCAAAUUAUUGAAGAUGCUUGUGAAACUGCCAAUACUAAUACCAUAAACGAUAAGCUCCACACUGUUUCAAUUUGUACAACCGUCAGUAAUUCUUCUUGUAGUAAUACAACAGCAAACUCCACUGGAAGAUCAAAAGCACCUUCAUCAACUUCGGAGCUCUCUCUGCCGGGCCAUAAAAUGGAAGCAUCUUCUUCAGUGCCACUUAUAUUGUCAGCCCAGGUACCGCCCUUACAACUAUUGACACCUUCAACUUCGUCCUUGCAACAAAUGUCCUCAUCUGAUCUGGCUACCGUCCAGGAUUCGGUACCGCCAAUUUUGCACCAGCCUUCCCUCGUUACCCUACAGCUCCCUACCUCUGAGCACGCUAUACCUGCAGCAAGCGCUGGUAUGGAACAUGGAUCCAUUACUACUACACUUGGAGAAUCGUACAAAAUUGGAAAAACAGAAUACACUACUCAGUCCAUUUUGCAGAGUCCUUCUAAAAUAUUGUUUCUUCAACCCAGCAUGAAGGCUUUACCCGAGUCGUCAUCAGUCUUCAUAACUUCAACAAAAAGUAUUCCCUUUGUUCACCAAAACAAUGAUGUUGCUUCACCUGCCAGCGUUGCUGUUUCAUAUCCAGAUUCAAUAUCUAAAUUAAAUGCAUCGGUUCCAACUCCUAUAACUUCACAUGUCAACUUGCCUGCUUUUAUCUGUCCUGAAGUGCCAGUCUCUAAUUCAAAUUACAGUAAAGGAAAUGAAUCUUCCAAUGCGAAUUCUUUUUCGCAGAUAAAAGAAGUUGAGUGUUCUCAAAUCAAGACAAGUCCGGGAGAUGAAAUAAAUGUUACUUCUAAAUCAACUGAUGUGGUUUCCUCAGAAGCUGCGGAUUCUACUGUAGCAUUGAAAAGGAAGCCAAGCAAGCCUAAAGUGGCCACACGGUCCGUGUGUAUUGGCACAGACACUGAGCCUGAUUUUCCGUGCAAUCCUUAUGAACUUUCCCCUCCACACCUUCGAGUGUCGGUCAGCACCAACACAUCUCCCCCUGAAUCACCUGCACUAAUUACUGAUAUUUGUCCUAAUGUUGAAAAUUUGUCUGAUGGGUACCAUUCACUAAGUCCUAAAACUGAAUUUCCGUCCAAAAAUCUGGAUGAAAAUGUCGUUCAUUCUCCUUCUGCAUUAGAGAUGGAUGAAUGCAAACCCUCUUCGACCAUUUCUAAUGAUUCUAAGACUCUAUUCAGUGAAGAUUUCAAACCUUCUUUUGCUGGAAAAGUGUCAAUUUUUUCUGAAGAGCAUUCAACGAACCGAUUUCAAACGUCAGAUUUGACUUCUGACAAGCAGACGCCUACUUUGAUGGAUGAAUCGCUGACUGGUAUUAAAAUUAAUAACAUGAGUAACUGCGAGGUACGUGAUGUUGAAGAAUUGAAGGAAUUUUGUGACACGGAAAUCUCGCACAUGAGUCCAAGUGUUGUCUCAUGUCACUCCGAUUCGUCCAGUUCGUUAAGUGACGACAGUGCAGUGCAUGAUUGCGAGCUCCAGCUUCCUGAUGAACCUGAUUCAACUUUUGAUACAUACCCCACUGUUGAAGUUCCACCUGACAGCUCAGCGCGAAGUAAUCUCCAGAACGAAGUGUCAAAUAAAGAUGAUGAGGUGAUGGUGAUCGCGAUGACGCCAGGCCACGCAGCCCAAGGUGUGGACAAGGCGCCCGUGAAGCGGACCUGGCGUCGCCCUUGGAAAAAGAAGAAGGAGCGCGAGAAGAAGAAGAAGCCCGCGCGCAAAGUGCGUCGAAGCAAACCCAGGCGACGCGCCACGUAUCACCGAACGCAAGUCAUACACAUCGACGUUAGAAACGGACCUCCGAUUGACACGACAAAGACGAUUGUGAGCCGGCAGUCGGAAGACCACAUCGAUUCUUUAAAGCAGAAGCGGCAAAGGAUAAAACUCAACCGAAAUUCAGGGAGGGAAUACGUCAACAGGCUUGGCAAGAUCGUACAAGCUCGGAAAGUUGGCAAGCCCUGCAACUGCCCCAUGAAAUGCUGGGACAGAAUGGGCUCCAAGGUUGUGGUGAUCUUCAAUAACUUCUGGGAUCUCUGUGAUUUUAAUUUGCAGAACUCCUACCUUUUCACGUGUCUCAAACUCUGUGAUGUCAAAAGAAGAUAUACGAAAAAACCCGCUGAAGAGUCACGUCGUCAGAACACGUUCGAGUAUUUCGUACGGAUCAGCGGCAAGCACGUACGCGUCUGCAAACGUGCCUUCAUGAGCGCACAUGGCCUCACAUCAGACAAGAGGCUCAGAACUUUGCUCUCACAAAUGAAGGAUGGCGCACUGCUGCCCAUUUAUGACCGGAGAGGAAAGCAUCUGCGCCCCAUGAAGCCUAGCGGCAAUUUAGAUUCUUCAUCUCCCACUGCUUCAACUUCUUCAUUUUCGUCUCCCCUGCACCAGACCUCUACCACCGGGCCAGUAUCGUCCACUUCAGUGGCUGCAUCUAAAAAACGUACACGAGUCUCACCUUCGAGCGGAAGCGGCUCAAAUAAUUCCGGCAAGAAGAAACCGCAAAACGCAAGUACCGGCAGAAACCAUCUGGGAAAUUUGGGGUUAGCGAAUAGCAAAAGUGGGGUGUACCCACCCCCGCCGCCCACCUCAAUGGUGCCCCUACAUGGUGUCGUUCCUCACUGCUCGGUGCCGUCCCCCUUGGGAAGCAUGACUACAGCAACUCCCACUGUGUCGGGAGCGGUGCUGCAUCCCUCGGCUGCUCCUGGCCACGGUAAUGCCAUGCAGGAGCCUCCGCAUUCAUAUAUUCCUAAUGGAGAAAUUUAUUUCGCCAGUCAUUACCUGGACCCAAGUCAAGGGAUGACUCACAUUAACCAAAUUACGCCUCAGUGCCAAAAAAUGCUUGAAAGCCCUGCUUAUUUUAUGGCUGGGAUGAAAGAAAACACGUUUCAUCAGUGACCGCGCGAUGUUGAUCCUCGUUAAUUUUAUGUAUAUUUAGGUGCUUAGCAGGUGGUCGUUUACUGGGCCAGAUGCGUUGAAUAUAGCUAUCAACGACAUUGUACAUUUAUUUCUAUGCAUCUUUGAGUACAGUUUGGUUUACCUACGUUUUAAGUGUAAGCAUAAUUAGGGCAUCACUCGUCCAUAUGAAUCUCUAAUAUUAUGCCUCAUCCUUGCCCCACACAAAUUAUCUCUGACAGGGCAUUGACAAUACUACUCCUAGCAAGCAUUUAUUUAGCAAGCAUUUAUUUCUUUAAGAGACAUUUUAAUUAUAACCUUAAGUGUUGGCAAUCCUUGAUCAAGUCACAAAUAAGUUCGCGUGCAUUAAGUUCAUCCCUGGCUGUGUUUACUAUUAGAAACAUCUUGAAUGUAUGGGUUACGUGCUGUAUAUGCACGUCUUAGACGACGAUUGCUCGUUUCCAGGUUGUGCAGUGAGGUGAAAAAAGGAGCUAUCGAAAUAAUCGCAUCUUGAACACAUUUGAUAUGCUUCAAUAUGUACUGAGUUGUCCAAAUCGUAACUCUAGGAGAUAUCAGCAAGACAUUAUUCAAAUAGUUGCGCGGGUUUUGCCCUUGGGUGGGUUGUCUUGACCCUAUAUUUCACACGACAAAAAGGCGUAGUAGUGCUACGUGCAUCAUCAUAAUUUGGUAUGUAACCUAUUCAUUUUUCUAAAUGAUAUGGUGAUGAGGUAAAGAAAAAUGGACGUAUUUUUUCGGAAUCUCAAUUGUUACCGAUUGUUCAUUUCUGCGUAUUGCGCUGUGACGAGUCGAGUAGAAAGUCCGUCAUUUGUCUCAAUCGUAUUUCGAGAUUCUCUGUUAUGUUCAUUAUUUUCAAUUUGCAUUAUUUUUCUGCUUCGCUUCGUGAGCAAUUUUGUAAUACUCGUAAUAUUAGUACUAAACUUUACAUCUAGAAAACACCUCAUGGGUGCUAGUACCUUGCAAACAAUGGUGCCAAACUUUGCCAUAUGUUGAAGAUAGUUCAUUGAGAUAAGGAAAGCCUCGUUAUAAGUGGUAAGCGCUUUUAGAAGUAUGCGAGCUAGUAAAAAAUAUUUCGCGGGCCCCAUCUUAAGUACCGGAAUACACUAAUGUAUUGUAUCAAGAGAACUCAUUAUAUUUAAUUACCUGGUGAUUUAUAAAUUUGCAGCGUCCUGCUGAACAUUUAACGUAUGUUCUUUGAA